GAGAGAGAGAGUCUCUGAAUGAAUGGCUUUGCAAUCAGUACAGCCCAUAUCACCAAUUUCGCUGACUCUCCUUCCAAAGGGCUCUAUUGCUCCUAUUUUGCUUCGAUUAUCUUCAUCAAUCCGUUGCUAUUGUGUUCGUACAACAUUGGCUGUGUCAUUGGAUGAAAUUCCCCCAAAUGCCCUUCGCCGGAAGUGUGACCGGAACUGGAGAGGAGGGUGCAGUCUAGGGGUAGAUCUGUGCAUGUCCCGAACUGGCCUUGCACUCAGCAAGGGCUUCUCUGUUCGACCCUUGACGGUUCUGGAGUUGAGAGGGCAAAAGCUUGAGCUUCGACUUAUUGACAUUGCUGAGAAGCAGGAGGUUGAUGAGUUCAUAGUAGGACUUCCUAAGUCUUCUGAUGAAAAAGAGACGCCGCAGUCCAAUAAAGUUCGUUCUGUUGCUGGUAGGCUUGCAGUUCGAGCUGCAGAGAGGGGUUGGAGAGUGUACCUGCAGGAUGAGCAUGGGACAUCAACCGAGGCUAUGGACCGUAUGAUUAAUAUGGGUCUCAGUAAGUCUGUUUGGCAAGGGAGCAUUGAUGCCUACGCCGCUAUAAUGGUGCUGGAGAGAUAUUUUUCCCUCUCAGGUCAUGGAAUUGAACUUGUUCUGCCCAAGCAGUUGGAGCUCCAAAUCAAGCUCGGGAAGGGUCCAACUAGGGAUGCAGAUAUUUUUCCAGAAGAAUUUGAUGUUUGA